AUGGAAAUUUUACAAGGAUUUAGAGAAUGUAUUGUUUCUGGUACACCUGAAGAUUAUGUAAAAAUUUAUACUGAUUGUUGGGAUAUUGAGCCAGAUAAUCGUCCGGUCAUGUGUAAAGUGCGUAAUGAAUUAAAAGCAAUGAUUGAAAAAACAAAUAUAAAUGGUAAUAAUGAUGAGGAUAAAUCAAAUUUUCAAUUAUCUAAGCAACAACUUUGCUUGGAUAACGUUAAUGCUUCUUCUAAAGUAACCGAUAUUCUUAAUGUGGUUAUAGAUUUAUAUAAGACAGCUCAACAUAAUAAAAAUAUAACAAAAGUCUUGAUGGAACGAAUUAUUGCAGCAAACUCCGCAGUUGAAAUAUUAAAAGCAAGAGAAGAUUUAUUUACUUUAAAAAAUUAUACAAGUUUACAAAUAUUAAUUCAAGUUCUUCAAAAAAUGAAAAAAUUUAUUGAAGAAAUCACACAAUAUAAUACUGUGCAAAAAUUUUUGUGGCCUAAAUUAAUCGAAAAACGUUUUAAAGAAUUAUGUAAGGAUUAUGAAAGUAGCAUUAGCUUAUUAGAUUUUACCUUAACGGUUGACUUUAGGAUUAAUUCAGAUAAAGAUGAUAAAAUUUUAAAGGAAGACAUUGAGGAUCUUCAUAAGUUUCAAGAAGCUUUAGAGGAAA